AUGUCGUCUACUGUAUUGGAGCAACUACGUGCUGAGCAGGAAGAGAUUGAAGCAUUAGAGCGUGUUAUUGUAGCCACACUAGGCGAGAAACCACGUAAUCAUCGGAGUCGAGUUUUGCAUGGCCACAAGGUGAGCAAAUUGCUAGAUGGGGUGACACAGCACAGUAAGCACGUUAAAGAGCUCUAUGAAGAUGAAGACGGGAUUUUUACAGAAGAAACGGAGAAUAUGCGUGGACGAGCAGUGUUUACUACGUUCUAUGAGCAACUCAAGUCGAUUCGUUCAUUCCAUCGGAAGUAUCCGAACUCGGUGGUCUCUCAUGAACCAAAUUGGGAGGAGGCUCUACAUCCGAACGUUCAGUUCUCAGGUGAAGAACGUUUCGGCAAAUAUGUGGAUCUAAAUGAGUUCUACCUUCGGUUUUUGAACAUACCAGAGUUCAAGUGGCAAGUACGGAAGACACAGGAAAUGUUGAGCUCGAGUGUCAAGACAAGAGGAAAGAAGCAGUCUACUACCACUUCUAUUGACUACCUGACGUAUCUAGCGUCAUUCUCAGACUUCUCAGCUAUCCCAGCAGCACAGAAAACCCAGUCGAUGCCGUUCCAGCAGUAUCUAAAGGACUUGAAAGAGUAUUUAUUGGAUUUCUACCAACGUACGCAGCCUCUCGUGGACCUAGAUGACGUGAUUGAGGAAACCUCUGCAAAGUUUGAGAAGCAGUGGGCACUUCACGAAGUCACUGGAUGGGACGUGAAUAAUGAGAAUGACAGCGUGGAUGAUGGCAAAACUCCAGCACACUUUUGCGAACUUUGCAAUAAGCAGCUCAGCUCCGAGGGUGUGUAUAAAAGCCACCUGACAGGAAAGAAACACAAAAAGUUUGCGGCUGCUGCUGCUGCAAAGGCUACGGAAGGGGAUAGAAGCAAUGGUGCAAUUGCGAACGGCGCCGAAACAGGCAAGGACACUAAAAAGAAGCUGGAGACGAAGCAGAAGGCCAUUGCAUUCGAUGAGAUAUUAAUCCGUCGAAUGUACGAAGUCCUUACGGAAGUUGUGCAGGGUACAAUUUCAUACUUGGAACUCAAGCAGACACGCACACACGAAGAGCUCCAAGCCGAAAUUGAAGAGGAAGAGGAAGGAGCGUUUUCGGAUGUAGAUGUAGAGAAUGAAAAUGAGGACGGUGAGGAUGAGGAAGAACAGCUUUACAACCCGUUGAACUUACCGCUAGGUUGGGAUGGAAAACCGAUUCCAUAUUGGUUGUACAAGCUGCACGGACUUGGCGUCGAGUACAAAUGCGAAAUCUGUGGUAAUCACAGUUAUUGGGGACGACGUGCAUUCGAUCGUCACUUUCAGGAAUGGCGUCAUGCCUUUGGUAUGCGCUGCCUGAAGAUUCCAAACACGAAGCACUUCCACGACAUUACACUCAUGAGAGACGCCAUCCAGCUGUACGAGAAGCUGAAAGACCAAAUUGAUGCUGAAAGCUGGAAUGCAUCAAAUGAGGAGGAAUUCGAGGACUCGGAAGGAAAUGUGCUCAAUAGGAAGACAUACGAGGAUCUGGCUCGCCAAGGCUUACUGUAG